AUGAAAGCCGAAGCAAUAGAUCUUGCCUUUUUUUGCUUCGGCUUUCAUCUAUUGCUCCUUCAUUUCUCAUCUCCUUGUCCCUCCUUCUCUGCUCUCCCUGCUCUCACUCUCUUGCGCUGCUCUCCCUGUCGUCAUUUCUUGAUGCCAUGCCUAAACUUCUCCCCGUCCUCCCUCUCCUCCCUCUCCUCCCUCUCCUCCCUCUCCUCCCUCUCCUCCCUCUCCUCCCUCUCCUCCCUCUCCUCCCUCUCCUCCCUCUCCUCCCUCUCCUCCCUCUCCUCCCUCUCCUCCCUCUCCUCCCUCUCCUCCCUCUCCUCCCUCUCCUCCCUCUCCUCCUCCCUCUCCUCCCUCUCCUCCCUCUCCUCCCUCUCCUCCCUCUCCUCCCUCUCCUCCCUCUCCUCCCUCUCCUCCCUCUCCUCCCUCUCCUCCCUCUCCUCCCUCUCCUCCCUCUCCUCCCUCUCCUCCCUCUCCUCCCUCUCCUCCCUCUCCUCCCUCUCCUCCCUCUCCUCCCUCUCCUCCCUCUCCUCCCUCUCCUCCCUCUCCUCCCUCUCCUCCCUCUCCUCCCUCUCCUCCCUCUCCUCCCUCUCCUCCCUCUCCUCCCUCUCCUCCCUCUCCUCCCUCUCCUCCCUCUCCUCCCUCUCCUCCCUCUCCUCCCUCUCCUCCCUCUCCUCCCUCUCCUCCCUCUCCUCCCUCUCCUCCCUCUCCUCCCUCUCCUCCCUCUCCUCCCUCUCCUCCCUCUCCUCCCUCUCCUCCCUCUCCUCCCUCUCCUCCCUCUCCUCCCUCUCCUCCUUCUCCUCCGCUGCUCUCCAUCCCUCCCACGCCCCUCCACCAGACACCGCCACAGCCCUUAGCUUCUCUCUGGGUUCGUUCGCUGCUGCUGCUGCUGGUAGCGGUAGGGGAACGGGCGAGAGUGGGAGAUUGGGUGCGGGUGAGACGGGGGAGGAGAGUGGGAGGGUGGUGGCGGGGGGAGUGUUGAGCGCGGGGGCGUAUGGGGACAUGUACGCUGCGCGCACGGACGGGGGGAGUGCGUGGGCGGUGAAGCGGAUGAGUGAGGAGGCUUGCUCGGCUGAUGCUGGGCCUGCCGCGUUUCAACACGAGGUGGCGCUAUUCGCAUCGCUGUCACACCACCAGCGGCUGGCGCGCAUAGUAGGGCUGUGUCACGAGUGCGGGGAGCGCAUGGUGGUAUACCACCUGCACUCGCCGCUCUCCUCCCUCUUCUUCCGCCUCCACCGCGCACCAGUGGACCACUUCCUGUCGGCGCAGCAGCGGGUGAACGUGGCGAUAUCUCUGGCGGAGGGACUAGCGUUCCUGCAUGUGCACUCACCGCCCCUCGUGCACCGCAACGUGAAGCCCACCAACGUGCUGCUCUCGCCCAACGGCCACCACGCGAAGCUAACGGACUUCUGUUUCGCGCAUCCAGCACCGGGAGAGGACGGGGUGAGGGUGCCGCUGCGGGCGCAGGAGGAGGGCUACGUCGCGCCAGAGCUGCUGCUGCCGCCCGUGCUCUCCUUCUCCCCGGCCACUGACGUGUACAGCUUUGGAGUGAUUCUGCUGGAGCUGCUAACGGGGCGACUGGCAGUCAUGCCGGAUCCAGAGGACCCCGAGGAGCAGCUGGUCAUCACGGACUGGGCCGUGCACUUCAUUAACGAGAACCAGGUCGAGCUUAUAAAGGAUCCCCGCGUCUACACACCGGCAACAGCCGCCGGUUUCACUGCUCUCGCGCUCCUAGCAGUAGACUGCAUCAGAGUACCAGCAGUGCGGCGCCCUCCCAUGCCCUCCGUGCUGCAAAGACUCAUGGAUAUCAGGAGGAACGUGUUUGGAUUUCCGGCUAGGGCGCCUCCUGAUCCUGGGUUUACGGGGGAGAGAGACGGGGAUGGGGGGAGCGUGAGUGGCCGGGGUGGUGUUGGUGGUGGGAGUGGUGGAAAUGGGAGGGUUGGGAGGGAGGGAUUUGGGAGUGGGAGGCAGGGUGGGAGUGGUGCUGCUGGUGCUGGUGAUGCUGGUGCUGCUGGUGGUGAUGGUGGUGCUGGUGGUGCUGCUGGUGCUGGUGGUAAUGGUGGUGCUGCUGGUGGUGUGUACAGUGCGAGUGCGUACGCGAUCAGAUCAAGAGAGGGGGACAGGUCUCGGGCAGAGGAGGGAGAAGAGUACAGCGACAGAGAGGAAGAGGAAGAGGAAGGGGAAGGGGAAGAGGAAGGGGAAGGGGAAGAGGGCGAGGGAGAGAAGGGAGCACAAGGGAUGCAACAAGGAUACGCAUUCGAGCUAGCAGCCACUGCCACAGCAGCAGCAGCAGCAGCAGCAGCAGCGCCACUGCCACUGAUAGCAGAAGAGCAUUCAGAGGAAACUACAAUGGAGGAGGAGGAAGAGGAGGGGGAGGAGGAGGAGACGAGCAGUGGCAGGGACGCCGCAUAUUACACACCUUCAGAGGACCAGCUCUCAGCUAUAGACGUCCGCACUGCAAGAGAUGAUGAGCUCUCUGCAAGAGACGAUCAUUUCUCUGCCAUUGGAGAUUCUUCUUCUUCUGCGACGGGCGAGCUUUCAGCCAUGCCCAGUGCGGGCUUCGAUGCUUCCUCUAUCGCAGCAGACAGCAGCGUGCCCAGCGACAUGAGCGUGAGCCGCUUUAGCGAGGACGCGUACAGCGAGGAUCAGCUGUACGGGAGUGAAAUCAGUGGGAGCGAGAUCAGUAUGCGUGAGGCCAGUGGGAGGGAAGAGGUCAGGGGGGAAGAGUCAGGGGGAGGGCCAGGGGGGUAUAUAGGCGAGCAGAUGAGCUCUAAAUACUUCAGUUUGGAGCAUGUCGGCUCGAUUGGUGAUGCUCAGGUGUUCCCCUCUCCUGCUGCUGCUCCUGCUCUGGCCUACCCAUCCGCAUCUGCAUCUGCUGCUGCUGCUGGUGCUGCUGCCACUGCUGCUGCCGGUGCUGUUGCUGCUGCUGGUGCUCCCCGUGCUGCCAGUUCCCCCUUUGCAACCCCUCACGGGUCAGACUCAGCUGCUCUUUCCGACCCACUAGUUCCUCACUCCCUCUCGCCCGAGCUACAAGCCUCCUCCACUUCUUCUCGUUCGGACCUAGGCAUCGGGCUUGGGUUAGGGUUUGCAGCAGGAGGAAUGUAUUUCUCCAACCUCAGUGUUAUCGAGAGUGGAGACGAAGCAAGCGAGUCGGACUAUAGCGAGGACGGUUUGGGCCGAUAUGCUGCUACUCCACCCCUUCCUCCUGCUGCUGCUGCUGCUGCUGCUGCUCCUACUCCUCCAGACGUCUCCCCUGCUUUCCCUCCUGCUAAGCCAACCUCUGACGAAUCUGUAAGGCCAGGCCACGCAAGCAAGGCUACCAAAGCAGCAGCCGGAUCCGCGUGCUACUACACCGACUCGGAGGGCAGUGCGUCUGCUUGGAUUGAGAGCUUGGGUGCAUCUCAAAGGCAUUAA